ACCAUUAAAAAAUAAACAGUAAUCACACUUCUAAUUUUUUUGUUUUCUUCUCUAUACGUAUUUUAUACUAAAAAAAGAAAAAUACAUUUCCCUGUAUUUUAAUUUUUUUUUGUGGGUAUUAAAGAAAACACAAAACAAGAAUGACGUUCAAUGCGCCUCUUUCAGCGGAUGAUGAGGAGAACAAUAAUAAGAAGCAAAUGGAUUACAACGAUUGGUUACCGAUCACCGCGUCUAGAAAUGCCAAGUGGUAUUACUCCGCCUUCCACAAUGUCACGGCCAUGGUCGGCGCCGGAGUUCUCGGUCUCCCUUUCGCCAUGUCACAACUUGGCUGGGGACCUGGACUUGUUGCCAUAAUGUUAUCAUGGCUUAUAACGUUCUACUCGUUGUGGCAAAUGGUUAAUUUGCAUGAAAGCGUUCCCGGGAAACGGUUUGACCGUUACUCGGAGCUAGGCCAAGAGGCGUUCGGACCAAAACUAGGUUACUGGAUCGUCUUGCCGCAACAGCUCAUGGUCCAGAUCGCUUCCGACAUAGUCUACAACGUGACCGGGGGAAAAUCGCUUAAGAAAUUCGUCGAGCUUCUUUUUCCUCAUCUCCAUCACAUCCGUCAAACUUAUUACAUCCUUGGGUUCGGUGUGCUCCAAGUCGGUCUCUCUCAGUCUCCUGACUUCAACUCUAUCAAGAUCAUCUCUCUUCUCGCUGCCCUUAUGUCUUUCUUGUACUCAAUGAUAGCGUCUGUAGCGUCAAUAGUGAAAGGAAUGGAGCAUCAUCCAGCUGAGUACGGAGUCAGAGGACACACCACGGCCUCAAUGAUCUUUGACGCGUUUAAUGGCGUUGGAACCAUAGCGUUUGCGUUUGCCGGACACAGUGUGGUUCUUGAGAUUCAAGCUACUAUUCCUUCAACACCUGAAGUCCCUUCCAAGAAACCGAUGUGGAAAGGAGUCGUCGUUGCUUACUUCAUCGUCAUCGUUUGUUACCUCUGUGUGGCUAUAUCAGGUUACUGGGCUUUUGGUGCUCAUGUUGAGGAUGAUGUCCUCAUUUCCCUUGAGAGACCUGUUUGGCUUAUAGCUGCAGCUAACUUCAUGGUCUUUAUCCAUGUUAUUGGAAGUUACCAGGUUUUUGCGAUGUCGGUAUUUGACGCGAUCGAGUCAUAUCUUGUGAAAACACUGAAGUUCACUCCUUCAGUAAUGCUGCGUCUAGUUGCACGUAGCACAUACGUUGCAAUUGUAUGCCUUAUAGCAAUUUGUAUCCCCUUCUUCGGAGGUCUUUUAGGGUUCUUCGGUGGCCUUGUCUUCUCAUCAACCUCAUACUUCAUACCUUGCAUUAUAUGGUUGGUCAUGAAGCGACCAAAACUAUUUAGCUUCCAUUGGUUUGCCUCUUGGUUUGCAAUAACAAUUGGAGUCUUGAUAGCAAUCUUUGCACCAAUUGGAGGAAUGAGACACAUUAUCCUUUCAGCAAAAAGCUACCAGCUCUUCUCAUAGGCUUUCAAAACACACAAAAGCAACCAUUAUCGCAUCAACUUCUUAUAAAAGUUUUUUUCUACCGUUUAAUUUAGCAUAGUUUAGAUAUUUGAAUUCUGGGGUUUCUCAUUUCUUUUGUCCUCCGUUACAUGGAGUGUCACUCUUUUUUUUUUUUUUUUUUUUUUGCUAUAAUCCUUCCGUCAAGAACUGCCUUCCGAAUUGCUUCUGGAUAUCCGUGAAAGCUUCUACGUGGUUUGGUCCGAGGCUGUGACGGAUGUUCUCUUCGACCAGUCAUUUGAAAUCACCUUACAAAGGAAUACCAUAUGGUCUAUAGAUUUUCUACUGCAGCUAAAGUACUAAAUGGCUGUGUAGAAUUCAAAGCUUUUUGGUUUUGGAUUGUAAUAAAACAUCUGAAUAAUAUGAUUGGUUAUUA